AGAUAAAACUUUUAUUUUAGACUUUGUUUGUAGCUAAAAAUGCAAAAAGAACGUUUUCCUGUGGUAAAAGACGAGUUUGUUUUCGAUGAAGAUUUAGCAGAUCUAGAUAAGAGCUGGGAACAAUUGGCGGAGGAACUUUUAGGCGAAACAGCAGACAACAGGAAAUGCAUGAUAGAAGAAUUCCGAGCCAGGAUAGAAGAUGACAAGAAGUUGUUUGGAUGGAUGAUGAAAGAUGAAUCAAGAUUUCUCUGUGUUCGUUUCCUGACAAGAUUUCUGCGUGCUGGAGGUUGGGAGAUCAAAUCAUCUUUACAGGUUCUUAGGAACUAUUCCUGCCUGGGACGAGAGUAUCCAGGCAUCAUUAGCCUAGCUAUUCCUAAUCAAUUAAAUAUUGUUUGGGAGAAAAAACUAAAUUCGAUAUUAGAAGAGAGAGAUGCAUUUGGUCGAAGAAUUUAUAUAUUCAGACUAGGGAUGUGGGAUCCUAAAACUGUUCCAAUAAAUCAAUUCUACGCGUCCGCAUUUGUUCUCUUUGAACUUCUAUCAAGAGAGGUGAAAACUCAGAUAGCCGGGGUUACAGUUAUAGCAGAUAUUUCUAAUUUUGGAUCUCAACAUAUCAGCUGCCUGGGGUUGGAGCAGAUUAAAUGUAUUGCGGCAUUCCUCACUGGUUCCAUGCCAGUCUGGUUUAGAAGAAUUCAUGUUGUAAAUCAUCCUCGUGUAUUCAACCUUCUCUAUACCAUGAUGAAACCUUCUCUAGUUCCAAGAGUAUCGCAGAAUAUCAUCUUCCACGGAUCUGAUUUCAAGAAAUUACAUUUAGAGGUUCCUCAAAAUAAUCUUCCAGAGUUUUUGGGAGGCUCAGGAGAUAUGGAGAACGGCAAUGUUGUCAGAUCAGGAGAAGAUAUCAGUCAAGAUUUUCAAACUUUAAUCAAUCAUUUAAUUGAUUAAUCCUAACUUUUGUAUUCAUAAUCCUCUUUUUUACGUAACAUUUUUCAAUUUUAAUCUUUAGAAAAUUUGCAUCAAAUUAUUUGAAAAUAUUCCUGUGUUGUUUAUUGCAAUUGUAUUAGAAAUCUUCAUUUUUAAAUAUUGUCUUUUUCGUGAAUAAACUAUAAAUAUUUUUAUUCAAU